AUGAACAUGCAAUGUAAUAAUAUUAGUCCAGCGUGCGAAAUUUCGAGCGUAAAGGACUUUUUACGAAACAUAUGCCUGGACAAAGAGGAUAAAAUUGUACAGAACCUCGAACUCAGGAAUGUAAGAACCGUGUACGAUUUUUUAGGACAUGUUUCGUACCUGACGAUCACCAGUUGCACUGGUAUGAGCAAUGAGGAAAAUGGGGACAUAAGUAGCCAAUCGAAUGUGAAAUUUGCAAGUGUGCAUGAAAAUGGUUUCCAGAAUGGGGUCAGCGUAAAUGGCAAAUUGGCUGAGCAUAAUGGGAAUGGGGGCAUCCUGGCAGAGGCGGAGCUGUGUAAUGGUCACGCCCCUGCGAGUAUGGAAAAAGGCGACAGAUGUAAUGGGGUGCAGAGGAAUGGGCAACAAGCCUGGAUCUCACAAGGCGAGGGGAUCCUGGCCAACGGAGUGGACAGCAGCGGAAUGAAUAGCAACGGAAUGGGAUGCAUCCGAAUGGGUAGUAGCGGAAUGAGAAGCAGCCGAAUGGACAACCCCGCUACCAACCGCGAAGCAACCUAUGCGUGCAAAGAAACCCAGGCCAUACAGGACCACUACGAGCAGGCGAAAGAGAAGCGACCCGAGGUAGAGAAAACGGGGGAGUGCGUCUACUUUGACAUGUACAUAAAGUCAGAAGUGAUUAAAACCUUGCCGACGACGGACAGGGAUAAGGAAAGGUUGAUAAAUUAUAUCUACAAAGUGAUGGACGUAAAUGACCUCCUGAUGAUGUGCAUUCAUUGCGGUGUCCCCCAUUUGUGGCCAAAAUUUGAAGAGAACAACAUUCGAAAUGUAGAUUUGUUCAAGCGCAUAAUCAUAGAGGGGAGGAAGUUCGAAAGGGUAAAGAACGAAAUGGGAAUCUCCUUCUCCGAAUUUGUCCAGAUCGUCAACUUUGCCUUAAGUGUAAAAAAGAAGAGAAUUUUCUGCAACAACAUUUUUAGCCAGUUCGAUCCAUGUGAUUGUAAAAAUAAAAAAAAACACACCAAAACCAUAUGCGACAAAAUACAUCAGUUUAUCGAAUUUGACAAUUGGACGUUUAAGAACAUCAUUGAUAAUCCAUUUUUCCAAAGAUUACGAAAUUUAUCUCAGUUAGGUGUCUGCCAAUUUAUCUACCCCGGAGCUACGCACACAAGAUUUGAGCACAGCUUAGGAGUUGGCUAUUUGUCUGCAAAAUAUUUCGCUCAUUUGUGCAAUCGCUAUAAUUUAUCUCCAUACAGUGGGGAAUUAAACAGAAUGCUUCGGUGUGUGCAGAUAGCUGGUCUGUGUCACGACUUGGGACAUGGCCCGUUUAGUCAUACCUUCGAAAGCUUCUUUAUGAAUUAUAAAAAAGAAGACACAGAUCAUAAAUGGCACCAUGCAUCUAUGUCUCUGAAAAUUGUUGAACACAUUAUAGAAGAUUUGAUAGACCAGGAUGAUGUGCUGGACUCCACGGAUAUCAAAAUUAUUAAGAAGUUAAUAAAGGGCAGGGAACACCACAAAUCGCUUUGCGGGGUAGAUCCAGUAGAUUCUUUGAUAGAAGCUUCGUACGACAUUAUAUGUAAUAAUAGGAAUGGAUUGGAUGCAGACAAAUUUGAUUAUCUGCAGCGAGACGCAACUAUUGCCCCCCCAAAUGGGACGCUUCCAUCCCUGAAUUGUAAUCGAAUUAUUAGCCAAAGUUCCGUUAUUAAUGGCCAUAUAGCUUACAACGUUAAGGAGAUCCAUCCUGUCUGGACUGUUUAUAUGAAUCGUUUUUCUCUAUUCAAACAGGUGUAUACGCAUAGGAAGGUCCGAGUUAUGGAGCUGAUGCUGUGUGAUGGCUUUCGUCUAGCAAAUGAUAUUUUCAAGUGGUCGGAAUCUUUACACGACUUGGAUGCUUUUCUAGACCUAACGGAUUCGUCUAUAAUUUACGAUAUAAAGAACAGAGCGAAGAAACACAAGUACGAUGAGAACGUGCAGAAAUCGCUAAACCUAAUUAACUCCGUUAUACAUGAUAGGAACUCUAACUAUGCCUACAAAUACAUUUCAGAAAUUAACCUUUCAGAACCGCAACUCAUUAAGUACUUGAAAGACAUAGCAAAUGAGGAGAGGGUAGCUAGGUAUGCCCACGGACUUAGUCCAGAUGAUAUCAUCAUAGACUGGAACUAUUUAAACUACGGAAUGGGCACAAACGACCCACUGGAUUCGGUUUAUUUCUACAGCUCGGAUAAUGAGGAUGAGGCUUUCAUAGCGCACAAGGAGUAUAGGGGCACGCACCCGAGGUACUUCGAAGAGUGCAACGUGAGGUUAUACUGUAAGAAUAAAAUGGUGGCUCAUUUGGCGAAGGACGCGCAUAACAAGUUCAUGUCGGAUGUCUUUUCCGAAUCCUCCCCCCUUUACAAGAACAGAAUAGUCAAAUGA